CAAGUACAUUGUUUUGACACUUCUGCAUUUCGCUACGUAACCUCAAACUCGACAAUUUUUACUCAAAUCGAACGAAAUGGGGAAACGACAGCACCAAAAGGACAAAAUGUACUUGACGUACACCGAAUGGACUACGUUAUAUGGGGGUAAAAAGUCAGGCUACACCACCGCAGAAGAAGACCACUUUAAACGACUCCCAUUUGACCAUUGUUGCUUGUCUUUGCAACCUUUUGAAAUUCCGUACUGUGACCUCGAUGGUAACAUCUUUGAUCUAGAACCAUUACUACCUUUUUUGAAAAAGUUCAAAAUUAACCCAGUCACGGGCAAACCUUUGGAUUUCCGCACUCUAGUACAACUCAACUUUUACAAAAACACGGAAGGCGAGUUCGAGUGUCCCGUUUUGUUUAAACAGUUCACGAAAAGUUCGCACAUUGUGGCCAACGCUGUCACCGGAAACGUCUACCUGAUGGAAGCUGUAGAACAACUAAACAUCAAAAACAAGAACUGGAAGGACUUAAUCAACGACCAACCGUUCGAAAGGAAAGAUAUUAUAACGUUGCAGAACCCUGUAGACUUGUCUAAAUUCAACAUUUCGACUUUUUAUCACAUUAAAAACAACGUGAGAGUGGAAACUGAAGAGGAAAUUGCGGCAAAAGGCGACCCACAAGCGCAUUUAAAAAAUAUCAACCCUGAAACUAAAUACACUCUAGAGGAGCUCAAAAGGGACUACAAAGAACCCACUAUUAGUAUAAAUAAAGUUGAAGUGAAGGCGAAAGCUGAUAAGUUUAAUGCGGCGCAUUUUUCGACGGGGGCUGUCGCCGCAGCUUUUACUUCGACGGUGAUGGAGCCUAAACUGGUCCAUGAAGCCGCCGUCAAACACGAGGAUGAAGUGCGAUAUGACCGCGUUAAAAAAAAGGGGUACGUGAGAUUGGUGACGAAUCUCGGACCUUUAAAUCUUGAAAUUUACUGCGACGACGUGCCAAAAGCGUCUGAAAAUUUUGUAAGACACUGUGAAAAUGGGUACUACAAUGGUACCAAGUUUCACAGGUCUAUUAGGAAUUUCAUGAUUCAAGGUGGGGAUCCUACUAACACCGGGACUGGGGGCGAGUCUAUAUGGGGUAAAAAAUUCGAAGAUGAGUUCAGGCCGAAUUUAACCCAUACGGGACGAGGGGUCUUGUCUAUGGCCAAUUCCGGUAAAAACACAAAUGGGUCACAAUUUUUCAUUACGUACCGGUCGUGCAAACAUCUAAACAAUAAACAUACGAUUUUCGGACGGUUGGUAGGUGGGAUGGAAUCUUUAACAGAAAUGGAAAAAAUAGAAGUGGAUAAUAAAGAUAAACCAAUUGAAGAUAUAGUCAUAAUUAAGGCGCAAGUUUUUGUAAAUCCGUUUGAAGAAGCAGAUGAACAAUUGGCUAAAGAAAGAGAAGAAGAAGCGAAGAGACAAAGGGAGGAAGAAGCAAUGAAAAAGAGAAAACUGGAAGCUCAGAAGACGUUAAAAGUGUACAAAAGCGGCGUCGGGAAGUACAUAAAUCUGGAAGCUGUGAAAAACACCCCUGAUGCCAACAGCGAGGACGCUAAAGACGCCCCACUCCAAAAAAAGAAAAAAAAGAAGUUUUCGUUCGACAAUUGGUGAAUUUUCAGCUAUAAAAAUAUACAAUACAUAUAUAAUAAUUUCAAUAAAUUACGUGUUCA